CAUUUGGUGAAGUAAUCACUUAAAUUGAUAUACUGAAUGAAUAAAUAUAUGUUACUAUACUGAAGAAGAAUUUACAAAUAGGUAAGUACUACAAAUGGUAACUUUAAGAGCAAAUAAUCAUAUUUAGAUGUUGCAAGUACACUUUAAAAUGAAACAAUUAAAAACUUGCUAAAAAUCAUUAAAUUGGGGCCUUACCUAUUGUAUAUAAAUCAUUUUGUUAAAUAAAAUACAAAGCAAAAAAUGAUCAACAAAAAAGGUCCAACAAUAAAAUAUAAGAUCACAAUUUAUUUACUAAUCACUACAUUUUAUCACUUAAUCUACUGCUUCACCAGCAAAUAUUUUAUCAAGGAGUUCGCAGGCAAGUUGAGACGCAGUUUAAUGAGAUCAGGCGACAGGGACUUUCACCUCAUAAGUUUAUCAAAAUUUAAAAGUGCUACCAACGCAUCUUCAUUAAAUAACAGAAUAAAUAACCCUGAUUCCUGUCCGUUAUGGCAUGAAAUGUUAAUAAUUGAACUGUUAAAAUAAAUAAUUUAUUUAGAUAAUAAUGAUUGAAGUUGUAAUAGCUGUAGCACGCGUUCAUAGUAUGUUACGAACACUAUCUGGAUAUCAUUUGUAAUAAAUAUGCACUUUUAGAGUGCGAAUUUAAUAAUAAAAGAAUUAUAUGGGACAAAAUACGAAAUAUUACAUUAUGUCUCCAAAGACUUCGAUUUUCGUUCAUAACUUCGCGUUAAAACCGUUGAGCGCCCUCUAUGAGAUACGAGCGUAAUCAAUAUCUCUUUAUAAACAACUUACACAAAGGGACUUGUUAAGUUGUCUUUUUGUGUAUGUCACAUUUUGUCAUUGCUGAACAUAUUCAGUAAAUGAUCGAGAACUGCGAGAAAUGUUGCUUUAAAUUCGAAAAAAGCUGUCCUACAGUGAUUAAUGCAUGCAUAAAAUACAAAUUCAAUCGUGGGUUUACUUGAUGGGACUCGUGGGGCCCAGUUUUUGGCAUAGCUUAUACCAAAGCAGCAAUGUUAGUGAGAGGAAGCAUAUGGGGAGUAUCACGAAAUGUCUGAGCAAGAGAUAACGCUACUAGUCUCUCCGUACUGUACAGUGAUGCCACCUCUACCAAUUUGGCAAUGUAUCUACAGAAAAGACCUAAUUUUCUCCCGAUUUUUAUUCUUGCGUACAUUUUAACUCAAAUGUAACUAAUUUAGCACAUUUUUCCUCUCAAGUUUAAGGGUAUAUUAUAAGAAAAAUCACCCUAUAUUCGUCACAUUUCUGUAUAGGAUACCCCAGUAACUGGAGCCCAAAUGGACUUCUACAGAAUUGAUUUCUACUUAAUUUUGAUUAUCUAACGAACAUACAAUUUUGUUAGUGGCAACACUGUAAUCCAAGCCCUUGUGCAUGACGAAAUGGCCUCAUAAAAACGUUGUGAGUGUCCCAAAUUAAAAAAAAUUAAGAGAUAAAAAUACUAUAUAUCCAUUAAAAAAAAAGUGAGGUGAGUUUCCUCAUUUUACCAACUCUAACCCUUCACCUAACCUUUCUCUCUGCGUCUAAACUUGCGCCCGGACAUAGCACACCGGAUAAAACUUGUUAAUACUCAUUACACCUUAAGUACUAAAGUAUUUUGAUAACAAUUUUCGAUCGGAACGCCGAAACGUUUUCAUAUUUCACAAGUAUGUGGUAUAAUUUCAAGAGAUUGCAGAAUUAAGUACUAACAAUAAGUCAUCUCGUCCAUUUUGAACUACUAUUCAAUGUUUAUGAUUAAAAAUCACGAAAUAAAAAUUCAGAAUCUAGCGCAGAAGGUCAACGGCGUUUCCAUUGUGAUAAAUGAUACUGUAAAAUCAAGUUUGUUGGACAAAAUAAAUUUUUAUUGUACUAUAUACCAGAAAUUUAUUACUUACGAUCCAACUUGGUAAGAAUUAUAAAUUAAAAAUAAAGACGCAGCAAUAUUAACUGCUACCAGUUUAAAAAAUUGCUCUAGCUAUCAUAAUUUCGAGUAAACGUGGUUUUAUACUGCCUUACAUAGGUAACUAAUUUGUUAGUAAGUACGGAGAAUAAAUACUAUAUAUUUUCUCCUUAUAUAUUAUUUCAGAGACAUAUGAAUCGCUUAUUUAUGGAAAGCCUCAUGUCUUGUUAUUCCUUUAUCAGAUAUAUUAGUUUAAAAUUAUUGUUUAUUUAUGAAAAGCCACGUGUCAAUGAUAACGGGCUUUUCAUAAAUAAAAGCACUAUUGGCCACAUUGCACGGUCAGCUGAUUGUUGACAGAUAUUUACUGUUUGGAGAUUAAUUAACCUCUUGUUGUUUUAUGUUAUAAUCAACUGUUAAAAAUAAAAUAUUUCUCUUCAGUUAUUGUUAAAGUGAUUUAACUUAUGUUUUGAAAUAAUGUCAGAGAGUGAAAGUGUCGUUGAAAUAGAAGCAGAUAGCAAGAAGCGAAAAUGGGGUGUUUGUUAACAUGAAGAAUAUAAUGUUAAUCGAAUUAAAAAAGCUAGAUGUCGUGGUGAAGAAUAUAUAAAUUACAGAGGAAAUGUUGUUGAACCACGCAAAACAGGAUUACCAUGCUCGUAAGUUACGUUUUAUCUUAUAAUGUACAAUUUUAGACAGGAAAUAAGAUGAUAAUUAGAAGUCAGUUUUAAAACCUAGCUUAGUUCCACAAUAGUAACCUUUUUCAAAUGUUGCAAAUGCGGAUUGAGAUGUUUGAGAGAUUUGAGAAGUUAUGUGAAGAGGACCAAGUUGAAAUUUUAUGCAGAGAGGUACACUUUUCAAACAAAAAUGAGCAAGACCUUUGUUACCAGUCCUUAAUAGAAGCAGGGCCCUUACAGAAGAGGAGGUCAAGAUUAAAACAAAACACUUCCGAAGAUGAAGCUGAAGAUGUUUUUUUUAAGCCCAAACAUUCUGUUGAGCAUAAAAGUUCUUUUAAAUUCUAUGCCUUGCUUCGUGAGAAAAGGAUCAACAUCUGCAAAAAGGCUUUUUUAAGUCUGCACUGUAUUGGUGAAAAAAGGAAUCUAGCGCAGAAGGUCAACGGCGUUUCCAUUGUGAUAAAUGAUACUGUAAAAUCAAGUUUGUUGGACAAUAAUAAAUUUUUAUUGUACUAUAUACCAGAAAUUUAUUACUUACGAUUUAAACUUGAUUUGGAAGACCCCAACUUGACACUUAUUGUGGAAUGUGAACUGCUCAAUACUACAAUAAAAAAUCCUCAGUUAAAUGGAACAGCAAAAACGAGUUGCAGUUGCGCAGCUACUUGUGCAUAAAAGGCGUAGCAAAAAGUUUUUAUUCAUUCCUUCUACAGACGAAAGAAUACUGUACCGAAACAUUAAUAAUGACACUGCAACAUUUUAUUUAUACCACCAGGGAGUUGGAAAGGGAAGUAACGAAGUUUGCUCUUUCUUGGAGAAGUAUAUUGACGAGAAUGUUCCUGCUAAUGUAGAUGAAUUGUACUUAUACAGUGACAACUGUAGUAUAGGACAAAAUAAAAAUCAUCCGAUGAUAGGUUUUUAAUGCAACUUACAGAUAGUGGAAUAUUCAAAAAAGUUGUCUAUAGACUUCCAAUAAGGGGUCACUCCUAUUUGC